GUAAAAUUCAACAAUAGUCGAAAUAAGAAAUAUCCGGUCGACUAACUAUUUCACUGUGUAAUUUAUUGUGUCACAUCUAACACACAAAGUAAUACUUACAAUCGUAUAAAUUCGAUUUUCGUGAGCUCAUCUGCCGUCUUUAAUUCCAAAAUUACUAUAAUAAAUAAAUUUAUUGAAUAUUGUCUAAAAGUUUCCAUAUAAUUUCGAUCAAUAACUCUUAAAAAAAGUAUAAUAUUUAUCAUCAGGUAAUUAUUAUCAUGACCCAUCGACGUCGCAUAGCUAAAAUUGCGAAAAGAGAUUUUGUUUGGGUGAAAAACUGAAAGAAAGAAAAAGAAACGGAAAGAAAAUCUAAAAAAUAUAGAGUGGUUAUAAGUUUUCGAGCAGUCAAAUACAAAUGAAUCGAUUGGAUUUAAAGAAGAAUGGAUUAAAGUGUUUUCUUCUUCGAUUCAAUGAAUCAUAUUCUAGAAAAUUGUCUGUCUGCCUUUUUUCUUCGCCAUUUCGUAUGAAUUUUCCUGCGUUUUGUGUACGUGUAUGUGUCCUUAUGUGUGAUUCACAAUGUUGUCCAAUACGAUAGUGUAUUUUUGUAUGUCUUAAAAGUCUUGCUGCUUUUGUAUUGGAAAAAAAAAUGUGUGGAGGCUGCUAUUGUUUAAAAUAUUGAAUGCAACACAUCGCAAAAUUUUCGUAUAUUCUCUCAGCAGUGUGAACAAUCAUUUUUUUCUUUACAAAAAAAAAAUGAAUGCAUACAGACAAUAUUUAUUCAAACUAUUUUGCGGGGAACAUACUAACGCAAAUCGCGUACACCAUUAUAAACUAUAUGAACAUCCAAAGGCAGCACUUCGCAUUUAUAGAGUAUAAAAUAUUUUCUUACGUAGUAAUUCGUUCGAGAAAUAUUUAUAUAUACAUAUAUAUAUUGUAUACAUAUAUAUUGUUCAUUUGCUGUGAAUAACUGAGUGGAAAAUACAAAAAAGAAAAGAAAAGAAGAAAAAAAAACGGUGCACAACAGUACAAGAGAUCAUAGUGUGCUUUUUUAUAUGUAUUCAUUGCAUAUGUAUUUAAAUAUUAUGUGGGCAUUCGAAAAGAGUAUGUUUCAAUGGAUUUUGUUCAAUAAUCGUGCGAAUCACAUAUGAAUUGUAAAUUCAACAUGAGUUCUAGCAUACUCAAAUGAACUGAUAUAACGAUAGGACAGUUAGCAGAUAAAAUAUUUUAGGUGCGUUUCGGUUUACUAAUUCCCCGAAAAAUAUCAGAAAGAUGGUGAUGUGAAAAUAUAUAAAAAAACAUAAUUUAUUACAAAAUUUAAUAAUGAACCAUGUGUGUGUAAAUAAAUUAGACAAACAAAUCAACUACUAUUUAAUGAGUCUAUUUUUGUCGAAGUUUUUACAUUGCAAAUUUUCUAAUUUGAAUUCUGUGCAUUGAUUAAAGAAGAUGGGCUGCGCAAAAUAUUGAAAUGACAAUAUUGUGCAACCAAUUCUGAUUAGCUAAAGUAAAUUUGGCGAUUAUUUAAAAAAAAAAUAUCAAUGAUAUUCGCUAUACUGAAACACUGUGCCGUUGCAAACAAGCUCUGAGUAAAAGUCAAAGUGAAUGUACAAUUUUUGUCCGUACAGAUACAAAUCCAUUAAAAUCCACCGCGUGCUUGUAUUACUUUUUUGUUUAUGUGUGUUCGAAGCAUUAUUCAUUGAUUUGUUACUUUUACAAGAGCGUCAUUUAUUUCAACAGCCAAUAGUAGUGCGUCUGAGAUUAUGGAUUUUUUUUCGAAAUUCAAAUGCUAUCGGUGUAUGUUUUUCUCAGACGGCUAUUACUCAAACGUAAAUAUUUAGAAAUUUUAUUUCGAAUUGCUCAUGUAUAUUGAUUGUCCAAGGGAGGACAAGCAUUUGUAUUCAUCUAUUCAACACCUACAUGUGAACUAUGAUGCUACAUCAAUCUUGGUUGAAAACCUCAAGAAUUAGAAAACAUAGUGAAUGGUGAAAAAAAAGAAUCAACCACAAAUAAAUCUUGGCUAAAUUUGCUCACAGGGAAAAUUCUAGAGCAAUUUGUGCAAAGAAAAGAGAUUGAAAACAUAAACCUGCGAAAAAAAAUUCCAUUGAUGUCUUUUCUACGUUUUCUUACGUAUUGACGUUUGUACUUGAUUCGUUUGGAUGUAUGCGUCGAAAAAUAUACUUUUUCGAUUUAAACUGGUUUACGUACGAAUGUAUGAUGUGAACGCACCGUGUGCAUCUGUAUGCGGAAAAAACAAAGCAAUCAAAAUGAACACGUAACUUUUUCAUUUUCGUCGCUUCAUGAAAACUAUAAAUUUCUUGGAAAACAUUGAAUCGAAUCAGAAUUCAACAAUUCGCAAAAUAAGAAAUAAUCUAAAUUACUGUUGACGUUCAUGAUUCUGGCAAUUUCAUUCUAGCUCCACGCAAGUCGUCUUUAUUGAUUCUGUAUAACAAAUACCGGAUCCAAAUCGGAGUACACAUUCGAUUUAUUUGCCACCUGUUUGUUGAACCGUUUGAAUAUUUUCUCAGGAAAGUAUUCAUUAGAUCCGGACGAAACGCUAAUCCAUUUGAACAAACUAACAGCAUCAACGGCUGUUAAGUAAAACACUCUCGAAGAAACGACAUUAAAUCUGUAGUUAACCUUGCAGUGACAGUUUAGUUUCAUUUUCAUCGUGUUAACUACUUUUGCAAUCAAGAUGAGCGUAUUAAACAAUAGCAAUGAUGAUGUGGUGGAAUGUCCCUUGUGUAUGGAGCCCUUGGAAGUGGAUGAUCUCAACUUCUAUCCAUGCACGUGUGGCUACCAAAUCUGCCGAUUCUGCUGGCACCGAAUUCGAACGGAUGAAAACGAAUUGUGUCCUGCAUGCCGCAAAGCCUAUCCCGAAAAUCCAGCUGACUUCAAGCCGUUAUCUCAAGAGCAGAUUUCGGCAUUGAAGGCAGAGAAGCGGCAACGAGAUCAACAGCGAAAGCAGAAAAUCUCGGAAAACCGUAAGCAUUUGGCGAAUGUGCGAGUGGUGCAAAAGAACUUGGUAUUUGUUGUUGGCUUACCACCAAGGCUGGCAGAUGCUGAAAUUCUAAAGAAGCACGAGUAUUUUGGGAAGUAUGGUAAAAUUCAUAAAGUUGUGAUAAACCCCAGCACAACGUAUGCAGGUGUUCAGGGUCCGUCUGCAUCGGCAUACGUUACAUAUUGUUCGAACAAUGAUGCUUUGCGUGCAAUCCAAAGCGUUAAUAACAUCAUGAUUGAUGGACGACUUAUAAAAACUAGCUUGGGCACAACGAAGUAUUGCAGCCACUUCAUGAAGAAUCAACAAUGUCCAAAACCGGACUGCAUGUAUCUGCAUGAAUUGGGUGAUCUGGAAGCCAGCUUCACAAAGGAAGAGAUGCACCAAGGCAAGCAUCAGGAAUAUGAAAAACGAUUGCACGAUGCACUCAUCGCCCAAACGGCAGCGGCCAAUAAUGCAGCAAACACCACCAACAACAUCAACAACAACAAUAAUAACUCUCCGAAUGGAAAACUUAGCGAGAGUAAUAAACAAACAACAGAAAAUGCAACACAAAACGGCCCGGAAAAAACAAAAGAAGCAUGGCCAAGUCUAUCCAUUUCGCCAAUCAAUAAAGACGCUGGAAAAACUAGUAAAGGCAGCAAUAAUAAGGAGAACGGCGGAAAAAAAACAAAAGCUGAAAAAACGAAGAAUAAGAAAUCGUCAACUAACUCCAUUAGUAGUAACAGUUCGAAUGGCACAAAUGCAAACAGUACAAGCAGCAUUACGAGCAUGAACAGCAAAGACAGCAAUGGAACAGCAACAAAUACAAAAGAUUCGGGAUUCAAUGUAACCAAAGAUAGUGCGUCUGGAGAACCACCAAAACAAACGAUGAGUGCUGAUGAAGAGUUAAAUCUACUGUCUGAGAUUGAGAAUGAUGCAUCUUCAAAUGACUUGGAUGGCAAAGCCGACACACCAUCACUCAGUUUAUCAACUAGUGGUGAUAGUGGAACGAUCAGUGAUAGUGUCAGUGGAAAGAGUUCGCCAGCAAACUUUUCAGAUCAUGCAACAGAGACUAAUCAUUCGACACAGCAAGAUGUCGACAAGCAACAGAAUAAAACCAAUUUAGAGAAAAAUUCGUUUGAAAACUUUGGAACAUCUGUUAGCAAUGCUGAGAUCAAUACAAACUGUCAUCCGUUGACAAGUAGCAUGAGCAGUAAUGUAAUUGAUACAACGGCACGUUUCUCAAAAUUGGGAUUGUUUGACGAUAAUAACAGCUUCUUCUCGUCAAACACAUUUCAACCUUCGCCUUUCUUCAAACUGGAAUCAUCACAAACAUCACAGCUACGAAGUUUGGAUUCAAGCAAUCAAACAAAUUCGCCACAAUUGCCAGACCUACUCAGUGGCACAGAAUCGGACAAAGAACGUCAAGAUUUACACGAAAAACUUAAUCUUCUUAAAGGUCUCAGCGACUAUAGUCCAAAUAAUUUGCAAAAUGGUUUCGGUGGAUUGGCGGAACUUCAAAAACGUCGUACUAUGAUGAAUGGGUUGGGCUUAAAUUCAGGCGGUCUCAUAGAAGAUAGCACACUGGAUUUCUUCGGCGGAGGAAGCGAACAGAGCCGUUUCAAUCAACUAACACAGCAAACACAGAAUCUACAUAAUCAGAGAACACAACAGCAGCAGCUACAAAACAGUUUACAUCCGACAGACUCCCUCAAUCACCAAGUAUACGCAAACAGUUUGUCUAAGUUCUUCGAUUUCCAUAAGAAUCAACAGCAGCAGCAACAGCAACAGUUUGCUCCACCGCAGCAACAGCAGCAGCAACCACUAUUCAUGUCUGACCAAAUGAAUGUGUCCAAUUUGAUGGACCAAUCACGACUUAUGGACGCAAGGCGGCUUAACUCACAGUUUUUGGAUCAACAAAAUUCAUCUAACAAUUUGCUUGGUAGUCAACUCCAAAAACAGCGUUUGGUAAAUACUCAAUUGGGACUGAGCACACCUCAAGUUCAACCGCAAUGUUUGAACAACUUGAAUCUGUUUCACACGAGUAAUAACUCUCAAAAUAGUCGUUUACAAAACUUUUUCCAACAACAACAACAACAACAACAACAACAGCAGCAGCAACAGCAGCAGCAGCAACAACAUCAGCAAUUGCAACAACAGCAACUUUCAACACAAAGUAGUUCUAUUGACGAUGAAUUAGAUUUCGAUCCAUUCUUUGAGACACAAAAAGGUCUAGCGGAGUUGAUGGAAAAUGAACAACAAUCAAACCAACAAAAUAAGAUGCUAGAUAAUUCGGCCCAACGUUGUCGCUUACCUCCUCCAGGGUUUUCGCAUAUGAAUGCAUUUGGAUUGGGCGUGCCACGUGCAGCAACGCAAACUAGUAAAAUCUUACCCUUCAUGAACAACAGUGGUAAUGCAUCACAGCCACAGCAGUCACACAACUGGCCGCAUCAUGGUGGGCAACAGAAUUUGAACUAUGGCGUUCACGAUCAGAUGAGCAAUUUGUUAUCCAAGUCAGGACAUCAGACCAACAAGAAUUUCGGCAACACCCCGGAUUGGAGUUUAAUGGAUCCAGCUAUCGUAUCAUUCCGCCCAUAUCAGUCUUUUAUGUCUGGGCCGCCGCAAUCUCAAAAUGACAUGUUCAUUUCACCGCCUCACAUGGCACAACAACAGAUCAAUGGACAAUUCGACAAAUUUGACACCAGCAAACUUAAAUCGAACGAGUUUUCCAAUCGUAACAAUAUAAUGCAAUCAUCGUAUGGAGCUCCACACGGUCUCAAUUUACAAAGUGGUAUUAUGGGCCAGCAACAACAGCAGGUGAACUUCAACCAUUCAAGCUGGCUUAAUACAGAUCAAAGUCAAAACAAUCUAUUUAUGAACCAUAAUAUAUCUAAUGGCUUUUCAAAUAAUUUCGAUAAAUACACAAUUCCACUACCACCUGGUUUCACUCAAAAAGACUUGCCCAAGAAAGCUGAAUGUAUCAAUUAAAAUAUAUAUGAAAUCACAUUAACACUGAAUGAAAUAUAAAUGAUAAAACAAAACAAAAAAAAAUAUCUAAGAUACGUUGCACACCUGUUGUGGGCUAUAUUGAAAUACCUAAAUGAAUCGUUGUAUUUACGCUAGAAUUUACUUGUUUACACACAAUGAGAGGAAGCGUCACACAGCAAUAUGAUGAUAAUGGAAAAAAAAUUCAGCUAAAUUAUUUGAAACAAAAUCAAUUCAACACAUAAAACUUACAAAUCUAACACUUAAAAUCACGUGCGAAAUUUAUACGAAGAUAUACAACAAAUGUCUAUUAUUAAUAAACUAUGCAGAAUUUCUUUUUUUGUUUAUUGAGUUUAGUAUAUAUAUACAAAUAUCUACAAUAUAAACUUUCAAAUUCUACAUUUGAAAACUCGAAUGAUUCAAUUUAUUUUGUAAUUGUGUGAAAUACAUUGUGAAGUUUUUGUCUGCAUCAUUUCAAAAGUACACAACAAUACAUUUAAUUAUAGAAAUACAGAUGUAUUCUCGUAGAUACGUCAACUUUGACGAAAAUAUGACUAAUAACAAAGUGGAGAAAAAAACUACCCCUAUGACACAAAAAAAAGAAA